AUAAAUACUUAGACCUAGCAUUUUAUUUAGUUUCUUUGCCUUCCCCCGUGAAUGUAAAAUAUACACAGUGUUGUGUAGUUUUGGAAUGCAAACCUUUGGCCAUGUUUGGACACAUGUUUUAUCUGGCUUUCAUACUGAAUCAGUUUCAUCUUUUUGCAACUUUACAUCCUGAAUUCUAUCCAUGUGAAAUUCACACUACCAAGGAUGGACACAUAAAUGUGGAUUGUCAGCGCAGGCGUCUUGCUAACGUCCCUAAAUUCACAUCUCUCUCUGUUAUAUCACUCAACUUAAAUGAAAACCAUAUACACCACAUUAAAGGUGCCACAUUUUCUGGAUUAGCAAAUCUCAAGCAUCUCAGUUUAAUGUGGAACUGUGUACCAGAUUAUCUUAAGGAGCUAAGAUGGCCUUCAUGCAGCCUGAAAAUCGACCCUAAUGCAUUUAGUGGACUUAAAAACCUAUCUUCCCUGCAGUUAGCAGGGAACAGCUUGAAGACCAUUCCUCCUCUACCAAAGCAGCUUGAGAUUCUGGGACUGGAAUUUAAUCACAUCUUUCAUAUAGUUGAGCCUCUAGGUACACCGCUACUAAAACAACUCCUGCUAAACAAGAACUGUUUUUAUGCCAACCCAUGUUAUCAGUCUUACUUUAUCGACCCACGUGUGUUUCAAGGUCUCCCUGAGCUUCUGAACCUUACACUGAGUUACAACAAUGUGACCAUUGUUCCCCCAUAUCUUCCACUUUCACUAGAAAGUCUAGACUUGGGAGAGAACAAGAUCACGCAUAUCAAUAAAGAGUCCUUUGCAAAUCUUAAAAAUCUGCGACACCUUAACCUAAGGUGGAAUUGCCAAAGGUGUGACCAUGCUUCUGAGCCCUGUUUCCCAUGCCCUAACAACCAGUCUUUGAAUCUGCACCCGGAUGCAUUUUUGGAUCAAAGGGACUCUCUAAUUAGUUUAAGCCUGCGAGGCAAUUCACUGCAUACAAUUCCUCAGCAUCUCUUCGCACGACUCCACAAGCUCCAAGUGUUAGAUUUAUCAGACAACUUUUUAGCCUACGCCAUCCAGAAUGGCACCUUUUAUGAAGAGCUCCAGAAUGUUGUGUCCCUCAGUCUUCAUUAUAACUAUGAACCCCUGCAAUCCUUUUCUGAGUUGAUUCUGUCACCAUCCAUAGAGAAGAUGACAGCUCUACGAGAGUUGUACCUAAGUGGACUAUUCUUCAGAGAACUGUCAAACUAUAGCCUUGCACCUCUGAUCAAACUGCCAAGACUUGAGUCCCUAGAGCUACGCAUGAACUUCAUCUGUUCUGUUAGCAUGGAUGCUAUAAGCCAGCUGAGAACAUUAAGGUGGGUGGACCUUUCCCAAAACAUGCUUGCUUUCAGUUCAUGCUUUUCAACCUGCACUGCUGAAGACAUAUCAAACAACUACCAAACCCUUGAAAAACGUGGCAAUGGACAGCUCAACUUGCAAACUCAAAAAGUCAUCCUACCAAGCUCAGAGCUGAACACUAUGCAGGACCCUGGAGAAAAUCAAUGUUUUUUUAAUUAUUCUAUGUGGCAUUUCAAGAAGCUGAUCUGCUCUAAAAACCUGUAUUUUGACCUCUCUCAAAACAACAUCCCAUGGCUGAAUGCAAGUACUUUUAGAGGCAUGGAAAAAGUGGUAUGCAUAGAUCUGUCCUACAAUUACAUAAGUCAAACUUUAAAUGGCCAACAGUUUACAGAUCUAAGCAAAUUAGCCUACCUGAAUAUGGCUAACAAUCGCAUUGACCUGUACUCUGAAAAGGCCUUCCAGGAGAUAAGUGGCACACUAAAAGCUCUUGACCUCAGCAAAAACGAAUUCCACUUUGUAAUGAAGGGCAUGGGGCAUCGCUUCACAUUCCUUCCACACUUAACAUCUCUUCAAAUAUUGAGUCUAGCAAACAAUCACAUUGGUCUCAGAAUCUCUAACAUUCUUAAUAGUACUUCUCUGAAGUAUCUUGAUUUCUCUGGAAAUCGUUUGGACAUAAUGUGGGACUCUAGGCGUAACCAAUACCUACAUUUCUUUCAGGGUCUUACUAAACUUACACACUUAGACAUUUCCGAAAAUCAGCUCAAAUCAUUCCCCCCAGAGGUAAUUGUAAACUUGCCUCCAAGCCUCCAGAUGCUAAGACUGGAUUCCAAUGUGCUGAGUUAUUUCCCUUGGGGCAACAUCUCAGUUCUUGAAAAGCUCUGCCACCUGAACCUUAGUUCAAACAGGCUUUCAUUCUUACCUAAUAUUCAUUUUGAGCUCCGUCUCGUAAGCCUGGACCUAAGUCACAAUCGACUAGUUGCGAUCCCAAAGGCUUUCCUUAGUCAGGCAAUAAAUCUUAAAAACUUAAUGCUUAAUCACAACCAGCUGAAGAUCCUUGAUGUGCAGGCUCUUCCCUUGUCAUUCCAUACAGGUUAUACAUUCUGUCCUGCUGGGCCACAUAAAAAUAAGUCAUCCUGCAAACUCGUGCUGCAUGCCAAUCCUUUUACUUGUAGUUGCGUUAUCUCUGGAUUUGCAAAAUUUCUCAGAGAAACUAGUUUGGAUAUCCCACACCUCACCACAGAGGUUCACUGUGGUUUUCCAGAGUCAUUGGCUGGUGUUAAUGUCCUUUCGAUAGAUCUUCACUCAUGCCAGGAAAUAUUUGGGAGUGUUGCUUUCUUCUGUACUUUAUGGUUGACAUUGGCAGCAACCAGCAUUCCCCUCCUGAAGCAUCUCUAUGGUUGGGACCUGUGGUACUGCAUCCAGAUUUUAUGGACUGGUCACAAGGGACACACUCCAGUUAAUGGCGGCAGCAUGAUGGAUAACCAAUACGAUGCAUUUGUGGUAUUUGAUACGAGUAAUAAGGCAGUCAGGGAUUGGAUCUACAAGGAGAUGGUUGUGAGGUUGGAGAACAGAGGGAGAUGGCGCUUUCGACUUUGUCUAGAGGAACGCGACUGGUUGCCUGGAGUGUCAUGCAUAGAGAAUCUCCACAAGGCCGUUUACAACAGCAGAAAGACCGUGUUUGUAUUGACUAGCCCUAAUGGCUGUUCUCACGAAAGUGGAGUCGUCCGACAAGCCUUCCUCCUUGUUCAGCAGCGCCUUCUAGAUGAGAAAGUGGAUGUUGCAGUUCUAGUUUUGCUGGACUUUCUCUUUCCAAAAUUCAAAUACCUUCAGAUGAGAAAACGGCUCUGCAAAAAAUCUGUUAUAUCCUGGCCCAAGAACCCACGAGUGCAGCCGCUCUUUUGGAAUAAUUUACGUGUCGCUCUUGUCUCUGACAAUGUUAGAGCCUACAACAAAAAUGUCACAGAGAGCUUUUUCUAAAAAAGAUGGUGUAAUGAGAAAGUUAUGUUUUAUGUAGUCCUGUUAUUUCAGGUUUUUGUUUGUUUAUUUGUUAGAAUGUAUGAUCAUAUUAUGGGGCCUUUGAAGUAUUGGAAAUGUUCAAAUAUGUUGAAAUACAGAACAGCCUCUAUCAAAAUCAAUUGAUGACCAUGAUAUGCCUGAAAGUAAAAAGCUGAAAAAUAAAAUGAUGGACUGUCAUAUCUAAAUAAA